CCCACCUUGCCGCGGUGACCCCGCCCGGCUGGACUUGUCCAGUCGCUAAGAGGCUUUCACACUAACCCUCGUCCGGGGCAGGCCGACCCCGUACCGGACUAACCUGUAGGCAUGACCAGCAUGCAACCGACGAACUAGCCCGACGUCGGCCAGAGGGUGUAGGGCUACAAGGGGCAGCCCCCCAACCUAACCUACUAAUAUGAAAUACACCAGAAAAAAUAAUAUGCCGUCUUGGGUGCCUCCUACUGGGAGGAUCGGACCCCAGGAACCGGCUGUCGGGAGUGGUGCUCGUCCCGACGGUCGUUAUCAUCAUGCACCUGGUAAUGCGCAAACGAAAAUGGAAACUGGACAUGUAGAGAUAAAUGAUACGGACGAACCCCUCAGAUUACGAGGCGGCGGCGACGAUGAGCCUGUGUCCAAGGACGUCGAGAUGGCAACCGCCAGUAACACAACGCCUGAAAAUAGUGGUGACAUGGCAAAAGCGGGUACCAAAAGUGGUCCUACCUCGCCCGGUGGGAAAUCGCCCAAGAAAAUCCACGAAGCGGAUAUCGGCACUACGCUCAACGCCAUUUUCGGAUGGCUCGAGCAUACAAUCUCUGUCGAGAGGACUAAAAAACUCACCGCCCAUUCUUCUGAGGGAAUGAUGGGCAAACUAGCCGAGCUAAGGAACACAAUGCACUUUCUAAUCAGCGAAAAUGGCCGCUUACAGGGACGAUUGUCCGAAAGGGAAGACAACUCUAGAGAGUCCCUUACAACAUUUGUAAAUAAACUCAACGAAAAAUCCACUGAAAUCGGAAAGUUGAAAUAUGAGAUAGCUCAACUAAAGGUAAAGGCAAAUGGUAACCAGGCUGCACCGCUAACAGAUGCCAAAGAAAAGAAGGCAACUUAUGCACAAGCAACGAGUGACAAGCCAGUGGCUGCGAAAACCAACGCACAACCUAAAAAGCCUAAAGUCCUUGAAAAAUGUCGAAAAGCGAAGGCGAACACUAGGUUCGUUGUAGAAGCGCCUGAUGAUAAGACCGUGUCCGAAAUGAAAACGGACCUUUGGCAAACGGUCAAAAACAAGCUGCCGAACCCCAGGGCAAAGACUAUAGUGUCAGGAAAGACCCUGAUAGUAAUUCCUGAUGAUAGUAUCACGUUGGAGGUGUUACGUAAUGUUCCCAACUUAAGAGCUAUCGGGCCAAAACAGCCAAGAAUAAUUAUCUAUGAUGUAGAUAGCGACUUGAGCGAGAUCGAGGUGGCGGAUGAGCUCUUACUGCAAAACCCGGAACUUGGCCUUACGCAGGACGAAAUCCAGUCUAUGGAUGUUAAGUUUAAGCUCGGCCCCAGAAACGGGAGCACAACACACUGGGUCAUCGAGACCCCAGCGCAUGUGCUCCCCAAGCUCGAAAAUAAGUCCGUCUACCUCGGUAUGACCAGAUGCAGAAUUAAGGUACACAAAAAUAUUACGCAGUGUUAUCACUGUCAGGGUUAUGGACACACGGCACUGAAAUGUAACCAAGAACUGCCGACAUGCAGACACUGUGCUAAGUCGCAUGACAGCAGGGUGUGCACUGAGAAGGGCAAAGCGAUAUGCACAAAUUGCAAAGGGGAUCACAAGUCAUCCAGCUCCACGUGCAAGGCGAGAAGCAAAGCAGUUGAGAGCCUCCUAAGGCGAACUGACUUUGGCUUCCAAUGAAUGACCAAAUUAACGUAAUACA